AGUGAUAUGGCCACUCCAGCAUUAAUGGUGCUGUAUUCUAAUGAUGCAGUAGAAGUCCGUUACUCUGACCAGUCCUGUCUUCAGGUGGCUCCAUGUGGUUCAACAUUUGUCCACCAUGAAAGUCCUAAAGAAAUCCUACAUCCUGCUCAUGGAAUGAAAUCAAUAAGUCAAAGAAGUGAAUUUGUGACAAGUGACUACAAAUACAAACUAAUUCAGGCACUAGAUUUCAGGAAUAGGUUUGCAGAAAAGCCUUACAUCUGCAAAGAUCUAACCAUGCCUGAUCAAAUAGUUCCUCUGUAUGCAAGCAUCAAGGAAGCAGCUUGGCCUAAAUCUGUAGAUGACUGUGAGAUGGACUAUUUACCUGAUGGAAGUGUCCGUUUAUUGUCAACGGAUGAAUACGCUAGUCUAGUUCUCUCCCCUCACAAACAGGAUUUCACUGUGUGUUACCUGUCCCAGAUCAGCACUGAACCUAGAAAACCAAAGAGACACCACCACAAGAUGCAAAGUCACAAGUCAUCUUCUACAAACAACUCAGCUAAACAUAGCAAUGAAAACUUAGACUCUACAUUAAGAGAUAACAUAGAUAAAGUACCCUUAAGGCAGGAGGCAGGAUUAAAUCUCAGCACAUCAUUACACUCUGUCGGUCAUAUUGAGCAGGGAAUUAAUAAUGGACAUGAGAGUCCUCGACUUGAUCAAUCCGUGAGUAAACAGACUCAAAAUGAACUCAAUAUCUCACCCAUUAGCAUGGCUAGCAGUAUGAGAAGUCCACAUACAUCUCCAGAAGGCCAAGAGGAGAAAAAUAAAUUUCACCGUUACUCGACACCCACAAAUCAUAUCACUGACCAGGAGAAGGGAGACGAAAUAGAAAUAGGGGGCAAAAAAUCAGCAUUCAGACAUUAUAGACAUCAGCAAGACAAUGGGACAGAUGGAUCAUUCCUGGAAGUUAUCGAAUCUCAAAAAAAGUCUGAAAAUAGUAAACCUCUAAAUUUACAGUCAAGCAUUAAACCACAAAGUAAUUCAGGCCAACAAGAAAGAUCUGCAUCGUCUGGAAAGGAAUCUCAAUCAGAAUCAAAAAGUUUUCACAAACAUGCAGCACAGAGUUCAGGAAAACUGCAAGAGUUUUCAUUCAAAACACCACCUCUGAGUCCUUCAAAGGAAUCUACCCACAGUUCAUUUAGUUCCCAGUCUGAACAAGACUCUUUGGAUGAGACAUCAGCUAGGUGCUUGUAUACCUGGGUGACCAGGCAUUUCUCCUGUGAAGAGUGCCCUGUGGCCUGGAGACAUCCACUCAAUAUGGCAAGGUCAAUAAUAGAAAAGAGAGAAGAUUAUGAAAAGAAAAUGUUAGAAGAAGGUGUAAAGAGGCAGAAAGCACCUGUCAACCAGCAGUACUGUAAAGAUAAGUUCUGUAUGUGUCCAUUCCCCACCCCCACUCCCCUGACCUGUCCCGCCCAGCACCUCCACAGGUUACAGACAAACUACAUCUAUGAUGAUGAUAAAAACAGUCUAGACAACUUGACCACAUUUAAACAGGGACGGCUGAAAGUGUUAAUGGUGGAAGGUGUCAUAUUUCGAAUACUGAGACUGUCUUCUACCAAAGUCCUAGAGAUUUUUCCAGGAGAUGGAAGUGUAAUUGUGUCACAGGGAGUCAAAGGUCACUAUUACAAGCACAGCAUUCCAUAUGGGGACAGGGGUGAGGUAGAAGAGAGAAGUUACUCCAUUAAAUCUUUACCCCCUCACACCCCCAGUGCAGCAUACUCAGUGGAGAAGCUGAUAAAGAGAGCGAGCAGGUUUCUAAAUCAGGCAGACCAAGAAGACAAAGUUCUAACAAAAGCAGACGUCUGUUGCUGGAAGCAACAGUCCUUGGUGAUUGAGCCCCUCCCCACCAGUGUCUUGGAGGAGUGCACAGUCCCUGGGUAUGGUCGUUUUACUGCCUUUUCUAGUGGGCAUGUCCGAAUCGUGUUUAAUGAUCGUACCUCAUUAGACAUGUGGUGUGACUUUUCCAAGCGAGUAGAAUGCUGUAUACAACACAGUGAUGGAAUACACAACACACAAAUGUGUCAGAAUGGAGAAGGAAGCAUGCCCACAGCUCUGAAGGUUAACCCAGAGUUCCAUGAAGGCUUCUGUAAGCUGUUGCUUCCUAAUGGACAGUAUCAAGUGGUGGAUGUCAAAAAACCAGGGUUAUACAGAAAGUACACAGAUGCAGCCAUUGAAUGGGGAUCAUGGGUAAACAGUCUUCCAUCACAAAGAAAGGAGUUCUAUUCCAGAUGGCAACAACAGCAGUCCGAGGAACUUAUGGUACAGAAGGAACUCCAGAAGAUCAAAUGUUUUAACUAUAUUACAGACCACACAGCUACUCAUGGUAAAGGAGGGGUAGCUAAUGAUGACUUUAUAGACGGGUUUCAUCAGAUAAAAGGUCAAGGACAUCAAAGUGCUAGUUAUCUUCCUACAGAGUCUUGUCCUGUAAAACACACAAAGCCGAGAACUCGUUACAAUGUCCAUUUCUCUCCUCCUAGUGCUUCAAAUUAUCCAAUCAGAACUCAGGAAAAUAGUCACAUGUCAACAAAAAGUCAUGACAACAACCAGUCUGUGUUGCUUCCGAGCAGUUUAGAAAUGAUGCGUGGCUUUGAUUCUGUGAGGGAGGCAUUAUUGAGGACUUCUAAAGCCAUUCAUGAUAUUGAUGACAUUUUGGAGAAAAGAAAAAAGUGACAAUCUUUUUGACAGUUCAACCAAAAUCAUCAGAAAUAUGCAGCAAUUUCUUAAACAAAACAGAAGCAAAGUAUUAUGUGAAAACUACAACAGAAUAAGAGAUCUGAUGUAUGGUAUUAUGUUCAUACAAUCCCCAUAAUCUACGCAAAGCAAUCUAUAUCAUGAAUUCAAAAAAGUUUUUUAUUUAUCUUUUAACCAAACUUUUUUUAGGUGAUCAAGCAUUGAAUGUUAUGAAGAAAUACUGGGUAGCUAUUUUCAUCCGUCCACUAUGUAAAUAACUAAAUAUGUAAUUAUGUAAUUGAUAAUAAAUAAUAUAAAUUUAUAUAUUUGUACAUGUAUAUGAUGAAGUGUGAAA